AUGAGAAGCCUCGCCUUUCUUGCCGUGCUGUUGGUAGUCAGCGUUGCUUCUGCUUCUGCUUCUGCUUCUGCUUCUGCUUCUGCUGCUGCUUCUGCUGCCACCCCCCAGCACAAGGGUCGCAAAGGCUUUUCUCUCGAAGCUACCAAGAACUCAAACUCCAAGCCCGAUUUCGUUCGAGAAUGGGUCGCAGCUCACCAGAAAUGGGGGAAGGGUGUCUCUCCAGAGACUUUGUCUGCUUUCUCACUUCUUGAUGACGAUGGCCGUGUCGAUGUGAAGCCCCUCGGAGCAGAUGAAAUCUACAUCGCCGAUGUCAAAAUACCAGCGAUUUAUGCUGACUUCCACUUCGGGUGGGUGCAAUCUACAGACACAAUCUAUCGAGCCAACCCUGAAGGUCCUUGGGCUCCUCGUUACAAGCCCAACUCUUCCAAGACAUCUCGCCGACUUCGCGAUGCCGAAUGGGAAGUUGAGUACGUCGACGGAACUCAUGCUAAUGGCAUCGUCUACCUCGAUACUGUCCGCUUGGGAGACUUUGAACUCAACAACACAGCUAUUCAGUCUGCUCAGAUCGUUGCUCCUCGCUUCGAGCGUGAAACUGAACUCACAGGCAUCUUGGGCCUUGCCAAGUCUCUUCCUAGCAACAUCGAUCCUCCGACUCCGUCUCUCCUUGAUAAACUUCGUCCUCUACUGGCUGAUCCAGUCUUUACCGUUGAUAUGCGUCGAAAUGCGACAGGUCGCUUCGAUUUCGGUUACAUUGAUGAGAAUCGAGCCAAGGACAACAUUUCAUGGAUGGCCACACGGGAGGAUAGCCCCCAUUGGGAUGUCACAUUCGACACUACAGCCUGGACCGGUCUUCGUCAAGUCUGGAUGGCUCACACUUUCGAGGCUACUAUCGACACGGGAACUACACUGCUGUUUUUGCCCGGGGAUCUGGCCAGUAUGUACUGGUACGACGUUCCAGACAUGCGUGUAGAUCCUCGUCUCGGCGACUCGUUCACGUUUCCUUGCAAGUUUUCCAACGAUCUUCCAGACUUGAUGUUCAAGGUGCCAGGCACAGAGCACGUUCUGAGGAUUCCUGGACCGUACCUCAGCUACAGCACAACCGACAACGAUUCAGACUACUGCUGGGGCGGUUUGCAGAGUGCAGAGAGCUUGGGUGUUACCAUCAUUGGUGAUAUUGCGCUCAAGGCCUUGUAUGUCGCAUUCGAUCUCGAGAACAACAAAGUUGGGUUUGCCAACAAGGAUCUUGAUGAUGUCGAUGAUUGGUAG